AUGUCAUCGGAUAUUCAUCAGAUGGGAAACUUUUACGAUGCUGCAGCGCAGCAAAACGCCUUCAAAGCAAUGAGUCAAAUGUGGCAAAUGGAUCAGUAUCAGCAGGGUUAUGCUGGUAAAGAUGUUCAGGUCACACCUCCUUUCCCUCACCCGUUCGCCAACUUUGCCCAACAACUUACUUCCAUCACACAGUCUAUGAGAGAAUCUCCAGCACCUUCAAAGAAAAAACCGCAUCCCGUACCUGCCGAACUCAAAGACGAGGCAUACUAUGAGCGACGGAAGAGAAACAACGAAUCGGCACGGCGAUCUCGAGAGGCUCGACGCCAGAAAGAAGAUGUGAAUUUUAGGAAAUUGGAGAUCGUGCAACAGGAUAACAUUCGUCUGAAAGCGGAGCUCCAAAGAGUCGUAAUGGAACUGGAGCGGCUCAAGUAUCUUGCGGCUGUA